AUUAUAGUCAUUCGGAAAUUGAUUGAAAUAUGUAAUCGGUAGUGCCAUUUUGGAUUUAUUAAUAGAUACAUUUGAUGAGUUGACUUAUUAUUUCGUUUUUGUGAUUUUAAAAAUAAUAAUUACGUUUAUAUGUUUAUCUAUGAUUAAUUCUUAUGAAUUUAUUGUGUAUAAUCUGUGUGUGACUGGAUGUAUCUGGUGAAGAAUAAAACAAUUGAAUAAAGGUCUGGAAACACAAAAACUAGAUAAGAAGCGCGUUAUUUUUAAUGGCGGUAAGUUCGAUUGCCAGAAGUGAACCACCUAGUACAAGUUACGGCACUCCUUUGGGAUCUCCUAUAACAAAUUACCGAGGCUCGGGAUCAAAUUUUGGCGGAGCUGCACCCUUAUACAGCGGACAGGGUGAUUACAAUAUUAACAACAACGUUUAUAACGGUGGAAAUGACCACCAACACGGUUAUGACCAUGGGGAACCAAAAUCUUACGAAUACGGAUACCAAGUAAAAGACGAAUAUACCGGUACAAAUUACAACAAACAAGAAACCAGCGACGGUAACCAAGUGAGAGGAGAAUACAGGGUGGCUCUACCGGAUGGUAGAACACAAAUCGUCACCUACUGGGCGGACUGGCAGAGCGGUUUCCACGCCGACGUCAAAUACGAAGGGGAAGCGCAGUUCCCAGAUCAGUACAACAAAGGUGGUUACCAAGGGGUGUCUAAUCAAUAUGGUACACCUUCUUACAACGGAUAUAAUAAUGGUAACGAUGCUUCCGCUAUUAACAAUUUGGCUGGGGGUGGAAACUAUAAUUACGAUUCUUACAGUAAUGGUUACAGCAGCAAACCCCCAAGUAACAGCUAUGGAACCCCAUAAUUUAGUUUUUACGUAUCACGAUUUGUUUAAUAUAAUUUAGUUUUAAAAUUUUUUUUUGGAAAGAUAGGUUUUUGGAAAAAAUUAUACUAGUUUACGAAAAUAUUACACCCCUAUUUUUUAACGUUGUAUAUAUCUAUUUAUGGCGAGUAUUUUCUCUCUUCGAAAUUCUCAAUUUCUCUCGACUUACCCGGUGGAUAUUUUAGUUUAAAGAAAUUUUUAAUCAUUUUUUUUCUUCAGGAUUCAUAUCGACCAAUUUCACCCUGUGUUGUUAAAUUUUCCUAACAUCUUUAGUACGAUAUGACAAACAAAAAGAAGAAUUUCUGGAAAUCUCCCUACAAUAUCAUUUUCUAAUCCAUAGUCCAACCCUGUAUACACAAAUGUGACUGUGCGAUUUUACAUUUCGUGUAAAUGACUCUAGAAGAGUGAGACAGAGAGAGAAAAACGACGUGUAGCUUGUUAGGAGAGAUGGGUUAUUUACUCGAGUUAUAAUUUGUUUUGAAAAAAAUUUUUCAUAUGAAAAAUUUUUCGAUACAAAGGUCAGAUAGGAGUGAAUGGAUGAUUUUUAUACAUAUAUGCGUCCGCUGAACAUCGCGCUUGGAAUUAAAUAUGGAUUUGAAAAAUAUUUAAUACACGUAAGAAAACCAGUCCAGCCCUGUACUCACUAAAGUGAAGUAGGCUACAAUACUUUUAUAUUAUACACGAUCUUACACAACUAUGUACGACUAUAUAUCUCGUGUCUACACCAGAAAAUAAAGAGAGAUAGAGAGAAACUAGUUGUUGUGAUUUACUAGGGGAGAUAGGAACAUUUUUAUGUGAAAUAUGGUUUGUUAUAGAAAAUGUCUCUAAUAAAUAAAAA